AUGUGCGUGAUUGUGGAGGGUGCGGCGGCGACGGCAGAGGCGAGGUCUGCGGCGGCCGACAGUGUUCUGACAUGCGACGAGCUCAUGGCGUCCGGGGGUGUUGUCCAUGCCACCACGGACGACGGCUGCGGUGCAGCUCCUCAGUUUGGGCUUGCAGCGUCACUUGGGGAUGCGGUGAGCGCAGCUGCGGGGUGUGCAGCAGCACACACGCCGGUGGUGAUCAGGCUGGCGCGAUGCGGGUAUCUCUUGCGGGAGGCGCUGGCCAUACCGAGCCACACGGUGCUUGACGGUGGGUACGAUGCCUCAGGGGCGGUGUGGAUCAAGAAGAUGAAGCGGGCAUCAUCGGCUACGUUUGAUCACUCGCCGCAGCCGCUGCUGGACGCCAACGAGACGGUAGUGCUGCGCAGCGGUGAGUCUGGGAUCGCGGUCGAUGGCGGCGGGCGGGCGCUCAUCGCCAUCGACGCCGUGAAAGUCGACGGCUGGGGCUUGCGCGACCUGACGGUCGCAUUUACGGAUGACGCGGUUGAUGUGGCUGGCCCGUCGACUUCUUUCUAUGCGGUGGCGGCGCACGAAACUGGCGCAGCCGGGUUCGACAUUACCCGAGUUGCACUUCUCCUUCCUGGCCGGCUCCCGCAAGGCAUGACUGGGCUGGCCGGAACGCAAGGCGCGCCGGGCGAGUCGGCUACACAGGCAGAGCCUGGUGAUUCCGACGAUGCAUCGGCGUGGGGACAUGCGUCGCCGGGUGGAGCGGGAGGCGGGCCCGGUGCCGGCGCCGGCGGCGCCAUCCACGAGUAUGGCUCGGGCUGGUUUGGCCAUGAUGGCAGCCCCGCGCAGCAGACGUCGCCCUGGGCUGGAGGCGGCGGAGGCGCUGGCGGGAACGGCGGGUCAGGCGGACAGGCUGGAGGGAGAGGCGGAGCUGGCGGCGCGCCGGCGUGGAUGGCGGCGGGGGCGGUCGACGGUGGUCCAGGCGGCAGUGCCGGUAAGAGUGGUCGCCCCGGAAGCCCUGGCAAGCCCGGCGUAACGCCAUGUCCAUCAGCCAACACCGAGUGCUGGGCCGAUCCCGGUGCCAUUGGUGUGCUCACCACCAACACGCGUGGGCUUGUUGCCGGCGGCACUGGCUCGGCUGGAGAUGUGGGGCGGGGCGGUGGUGGUGGAAGCGGCGGUGGCGGCGGUGGCGGCCAGCAGUGUCGGCUCUGUAGAGACGGUGGCGGAGCCGGCGGCGGCGGUGGCGGCGGUGGGGGCGACGGAGGAGCCGGCGGCCGGGGCGGACUCGCCGGUGGCUCGUCAAUUGCACUCCUCGUGUCGGCUUCCAAGGGGCCUGAUGGCGGCCAGCUCUCGUCGUCGCUACUCCUGCCGGGUCUGGCGGGUACCGGAGGACUCGGGGGCGACGGAGGUGGUGGCGGGCCAGGCGGACGUGGCGGGUACGGCGGGACAGCGAGUAGUGAGGUUGGUGCCGGAGGGCGUGGCGGCGACGGCGGACAGGGAGAAGGCGGAGGAGCUGGUGGGCCUGGCGCGCCUGGCAUCUCGGCGUUUGUCCACGAAGUGGCGAACACUGUUGCCCCGGUCAAGGCGCCGAUCCCCGACUACAUGUUUGACCUCGGCGGCGUGUUGCCGUUUGCGGUUGCUGGCGCCGAGCGCGGCGUGAUCUGCUCGUUUGUGCCGCAGGAGAUCUCACUGCCACCCGGCCUGGACGACACGGCGUACGAGGUCGACUUUGUAGGCGCCGCCGCCGUCGAGCAGGUUGUGCCCGGCUCGUCUGCAACGGGCGCGCUGUGGCGGGUAACCUACGGAAGCGCCGGCUGGUACGAUGUCAUGACAGCGGUGGGUGGCGGCAACCAUGUGUUCCAGGUCGGCUUUGUCCUGCCGCAAGGUCAGCAGCUUGAAGCCUCCAUGUGCCAGACGGAGCACGUCCGCGUUGUUGCGCUCCCGACACGCGGCGACGUGACUAGCAACCUUAGCUGGACCUCAGCUGACGAGUCAGUGGUUCAGAUCGUGGUUGCAGCCAACUCGCAGGGCCGAGACGUUACGCUCGAGCCCGGCAAAGCCGGGACCACGCACGUCAUUGUCCGCGGCGAGUCGGCUGUGUGCGGAAAGACCGAGUCGCUGCUCAAGGUUGUCGUCCACAACUGCGUCCACCCCUCGCCGCCGCCACCACCGACGCCACCGUCGCCGCCGCCGCCGACGUGGGAAACGCCACCGCCGCCUGCACCCAUACGUCCGCCGUCGCCCGCCGCCGGCCAUCGUGCACCACCGCCGCCGCCGUCGACAUCGAGCGGAGCAAGCAGCACGGGCGCAAGCAGCGGGGCGGUGCCACUCGAUGGAGGCAAGAAAGCGCAUGGAACGUCCGUCGGGCUGGUCAUUGGUGGCAUCGGCCUUAUUGUCGCAGUGCUGGUGGGUGGAGCAGUGGUCGGACUGAAGUGGCACACCCGCCGCCGCGUCGCGCGACAGGGGACGCGCCUAGACGAUGACGCUGUUCUCACUUCGCUCUCGGUCAACCUCGCCAACUACGACUCGGACGUGGGCUCGGACGAGAGCGGCGGUUUGGGUGCGGGCGGGAGCGUGCCGCGCAUGCUCACCGCCGACGAGAUUUUGGGAGAGUUGGAGGCGCCGCUGGAGCCGUUUGGUCAGUAG